AUGGGGUCAUAUUUGUCAACAACAAUGGAGGAUAAUAAUGUCAUUUGUGUAAUGUUGACUUGUAAAUCAUUGUAUAUUGGCAGACGUGAAAAGUUUGCAAAGAUAUGUAGAGAUUACAACACCAAAAAUCUAAAAGAGAAUACUAUCAAGACUGAUCAUCAUAAUACAAGUCUUGGUCAUCGUUCUCUUCCAACUCUUUUACGAUUGUUUAAAGAUGUAAGAUCACGUCCUGAUCCAACCAAAUACGCCAAUCAACAAAUGACAGCAUUCGAAGAUAUCUACAAAGCUAGUUUAUCACAAUCAUCAAGAAGGAGAAAGAACAAGUUGGUCAUCAAAAGACAGAAUGUAUCAAGUGUCAAGAUAAGUGGACAUAUUGAAAAGAUCAAGAUCUCAAAGAGUACUGGUGUCAUUGAUAAAUGCCUCUUUCCUUCAACCGUCGUUCAGAUGGAUAUCAAGAUUACACACGGAAAAUCAGUAGUUAAUCCAAGUAUCAUGUCAUGGCCAUCUACAAUGACUAGACUAACCAUUAGAGGACCCAUCCAAUCAAUGAUCGAUAUUCUACCAUUGACACUACUCCAUCUUGAACUUCAAGAGACCCCUCAACACGUCGAUCUCACACAUCUAACUUCGUUGGUCAGUCUUGUUGUUGCUCAAAUAAGGAACAAACCAGCUGAUUCCGUCACUAGUCUAAAGGUUGGCACAAAGAUACGCACGUUGCCGUCGACAUUGGCAGAGAUGGAACUCAACUAUCGUAUGGCUCUGGCUAGUUCCAGAGUGGUGACGGGGUCGGUCAAAAAGCUAAUUGUCAUUCUUGGACCAUCAGACGAGUUGAAAGCAGGUGAUAUCCCACACGGCGUCAAGACACUCAUUCUAUGUCGUUUUGGUACAAGUCCAAACACACCUGAACUCACUAGACAAGUAAUUCCAGAUUCAGUCAUUGAUUUGGAAGUACAAGGGUACCAGAAACCAUUACCCUACAAUGUUGAACUUCCAAAGAAUCUACAACGAUUCUGUUGGUCAUGGUAUAUGAAGAUGCCACUCACUACGGCAUACCACCGACACUCACGACGUUUGAUGAGAUGUACUAUCUUACCUGCUCCACCAGUCACCUAUUUACCAACAUCAUUGACCUCGUUAUCAUUGAGGACAGUUUUAAAAUUCGAUUGGAUGAUAUCAUCGAUCGCACAAAUGCCAGUUUCAAAUUAA